AUGGAAUCUCUGAGUUGCAGAUGGUACCUUCAGCUUGUCUGCAUGCUGAUCUUUGCUGCGGCACGAGCCAAGCCAGGGUUUUUAAAAAGUAACCAAGCAGGAGGAAGCAAUGACCCAGGAAUCUUGGGUGAGAUCGAUCCACAGUGUUGGGAUUCCUCAUCUCUUGCCCUUGUUGAAGUGAAGAAACUCAGAGUAGCAGAUUCUGUCAAUGGUCUUUGGGACUUCAUGAUCUUCCUGAAGUUGUCUGAGUAUCCGAAGCAUAAUGCCCUCUUCAAUGACCUGGCCCAGCUCUUCUGGGAUAUCUAUGUGGAUUGUGUUCUAUCACGGUCCCAUGGAAUUGGCAGGCGAUACAUUAUUUCCAACUUUCCUGACCAAAACAAUAUUGGCAGCUAA